AUGGCUCUUUCACGCAGGCACGGUGGCGGACAUGGGGGUAUGAGCGGUAUGGAUGGAAUGGGAGGGAUGGACAUGGGCAGCACGGGGUUAUUUCAAUCUGUGAAUAUAGACGUCGCCCAUGCCCUUUGGUACAUUGUCGCCGCCAUAGCCGUCGUUCGAGGGGUUCGCUCUCUCAUCGAUUACCUCAGGACCCUUCAAGCUAAACGGAGAAACACCAGCCGCUCUGCUAUACCCUCCAAGCCGACGAACGUACUCACGCAAGCAUACGAUACCCUCCAUACCAUCUUUCGAGAAAUAUCCUAUCCUGCAUUGCGACCGUUCCGUGGGCGCUUCCUACGCUACUAUACUCCUCCACCCCUUGGCCAGUGUCUGGUAAUUCUCGCAUUCUGGAUCAUCGUUAUCAUCAUGUUGUUUACCGACGUUUUCCUGACUCCUGCAUCGUCCUUGUACGGCUAUCGCUGGGAAAAGCCUGCAUUCCGCGCUGGGUGGGUCUCCGUGGCUCAGGUCCCGCUUCUCUAUGCUCUUUCCUGCAAAUUCAACGUCAUCUCCAUCAUCACAGGCAUAUCGUAUGAACGUCUGAAUUGGCUGCAUCGCUGGGUCUCGAGAACCUUGUUCUUGACUGUCAUUGUGCACUGGGCAUAUUUCUUCCACGAGUGGACGUUGGCGAACUUCGUCUCAUAUCAAAUGGAGAUGAUGCCGAUGGUGACCUAUGGUUUCGCUGCCUGGGCUGUAAUCGGCUGGACUGUCCUUACUGGCUGGGGCUUUUUCAGAGAUUUGUCUUACGAACUUUGGCUCCUUCAACAUCUGGCAAGCGCAGGCGUUCUCUUGUGGCUGCUGUACGUUCAUGUACCUAGCUAUGCCAGGUACAACAUCUGGAUGGCUGUCGCUUUCGUUGCGUUCGAUCGAAUUGUACGGGGCGCUUGGGUUUUGGUCAACAACUUGCAUUUGAGAGCCUUCGGUAAAGGCGGACUCGGUUAUCGUGGCGAAGCAACAGCGUUGGGAGAUGGCUAUCUGCGGCUCAACAUCAAAAACGUCGACUUCAACUGGAGAGCUGGCCAACACGUCUUCCUAUCGAUUCCUGCAUGUGGCAUAUUCGAAUCUCACCCCUUCACGAUCUCGAACACUAGACUUGGACCAACAUCGGGUACGCCAAACGGUGAAGAGACAGGCUCACGCGACCUCGAAGUCUUUCUGAAAUGUCAUUCUGGCUUUACUGGAAGAUUGCAAAAGAGAGCUCUCGCAGCUCAAGCCCGUGAUGGCCCUCCUCCUAGCCAUCGUGUCUUUCUUAGCGGACCCUGGGGCACUCCGCCUCUUUCAGUCAUAGAGAGAUGCAACUCUGUGAUCUUCGUCACGUCCUCUACUGGUGCAGCUUUCAAUAUGCCAUUGCUCGAGCAUGCCGUCAAAAAGUCACCAUUUGUACAAAGGGUAUGCUUCUACUGGGUGGUUCGACACGUCUCACAGAUUUCCUGGUUUGACGCUCGGCUUCGAGCAGCUAUGCGACAACUGGCAGCACUAGGACUAGAAGACAUCACCUUCCGUAUCUUUGUGACAGGCUCGGUCAAUGAGGCUGAGCUCAAAUCGGUCAAUUUGCCCAUCGACUCUGUCGCCGAGGUAUGUCAAUGCUGGCUCAAGUCACAUGGCUUACCUUUUGAGCUUGCCGUCAACGACGCGCAGAGCUUAGCCAGCACAGAUUCUACCGACAUAGACGAGAAAGACGCAGCAACCAAAAGCCUGCUUGGCCCCUCCAAGGCCGUGUCGUCCAGCUCCGGAUCAGGAUCAGAGUCCGAAUCCUUCACAAACUGCUGCGGCUGCAAGAGCUGCAAAUGCAAACCCGCUCUUUCCAGUCCGUCAUUCGUGUGCUCCCUGGGGAGACCCUGCUCCUUCGAUCCUCUUAUCCGACCGACUGUCGAAGCCGCACGAGGUGAGACAGUGGUCAUCGCUUGUGGUGGCAAGGACAUGAUGGCGCAGAUCAGGACUUAUGUCGCGGGUCUCUCAGAUGAGCGAGCUGUACACAAGGGUACAGGCGCACAGGGUAUUCACCUCUGGACUGAAACCUAUGGAUGGUGA